GUCGAGACAACAUGUCUAUCGUGCUGCUGGCCUUCCCCAACGCUCCCAAAGUGUCGCAGGAGGCGAUUCAGAAGGAAGGGGAGCUGGACGACAGGCUGGAGAGGAGGAUCGGAGAGAUAGUGAACACGAGUGAGCCUGGUGAGGUGGACCUGGCCUACAUCAUGCACGUUCUGUGCUACGAGGAAAUCGAGGGGCUCCCACCAGGAGGGGGGCUGGUCUCCAAACGGCAGACCAUAGAAGAGAUCCUGCACAGACUUUGCCCCAACACCAGGCCUGACGAUGUGAGUAUAGGUCGGUACCUACGUUCUACUUUCCUAAAACCCAUGAAAUUGUUAAAAGAGCCUCAGGCAGACCCCGACCCCUAAAGUUGAGGGAAGAUUCGGAACAGAAUGCCAACGGUGAAGACUCCUGGUGACACCUGCCAGGUGCAUGCACCUGUUCAGCUGCAGCCGCAGCUGGAGCAUGUGGAAUCACCAUACCUACACAGUACCCCUGUGCUCAACUCUACCAUGCAGUACACUACACUGUGAUCAACAACCAUCACUUAUAAUCUUAAAAAAAAUAUAGCUUGUAUUUGCUCCUGUAGAAAUUAAUGGGUCAAAUUUUUCCACCUAUGUUUUGAUGAUGUUGGUAUUAUAUCAAGAAAUGGAACCUAUGAUUUUUUUGUUUUUUAUGUUGCCAGCUUCAGGUGAGUGCUUGCUUGGCUGCUGGUGAUUCGUGUAGCUGUCCUAAUCAGUUAGGACUUGGGUGGUCACCAGUCCAGCUCUUCCAGCAGUUGGAGACAGUGUUCUAGCCAGCGGCUGUCUUUCCAUCGUUGGACAGAGUUUUGCUGCUCGUGGCAGACACAAAUUUUGUCCAAUUUGACAUCUUUGACGGACCAAAAUUGGCAUGUAAAGAUAUGGAAAGAAAUGUCAUUAAGUUGAGCUUAAUCUACCAGCAAAAUUUGCCCCACAAAAUGAAGAAUGUAGUGUCUCGGACGGUCAAACAAAAUUGAGAUGACAGGGAAAAACAUUUCAUGCUGGCUAGAACACUGGUUGGAUGUGUAAAAAAAGAAUCGGUUGUGAUAUUUUACAGAAAAACAGCCGUUCCUGCCAUUGAUAUUGAACGUGUUGGUCAGACCAAUUUUACCUUCAUGUUCAAGUCCAAAUGUGCACGUCUGUAAUUCUGCUGGAUGGGCCCUGGGACCAUCCCGUUAGAACACCCAUCAUGCUAUUCUAUGUCUGUCUGUUAUAGCACACUGGCAGAACAUACUGUGCCUGUUGCGAAACCCUUAAGGUUUUGUGCAUAGCACGUCGGUACAAUGUUUAAGGUCAUCUUCGCAUAUUUAAGGAUGACAUCCUGUCAAUAGCUUUCAAUUGUCCUGUCAGAAAAGAUUCUGAUGCAGUGUUGACCAAACAUCCAACGAGAACCUUGAAAAAUCCAGGUUUUGCACAGGUGCAGUACGUUCUGCAGACAUGCUGUAUGUCACAGACAUACAGGGAACGGCAUGAUGGUCACAUUGUGAGGAUACUUCUGUAGUUGUCCUCUAGAGUAAAUAAUUAGAAUCUGAUGAUAAUUGGGAGGGUAGAAAAGGAUCUGGUAAGAGUACUUUAGCUUUGUACAGUAUAUCCUUAAAUGUUCAUCACAACUUGAGAGAAAAGGUAGGCUUUGGAAAAGUCUGUACAAAAAAUGCCUGGGACGACUGUGUAUGAUGUAGACUUCCGGCAUCGGUAGUGUUCCAAGAGAUGAUAUCUUUGUGAUUAUUUAUGUGCAGUGACGUGAAUGAGAAAUUGUGCUUUUUUCUUCGUUUCACCAUAUACAUGAUUCAGAAACGUGUAACUGUUUCACAAAUGGUAAUUCAGCUGAGGACCCAAAGGACUCUCUGGUGUUUCUUGGCUUGUAAAACCUUGCAUCAAAAUAAUUUCCGCCCGCCUUGGUUCCACAAGGUUUGUACUGAUGUAUGGAUGUUAACAUUGUCUUACAGCUUUCACUUUGUGUUUGGCAAGAAAAGAAGGCUAAGCUAAGGUAAAGCAGGUUGUUUGCAACCCAGAGUCACCCAAGGCAUCGCCAUAUCUGAGCACCAUCGUCUCUGUAGGCAGUGGACGCGGGAUAGCCACACGUACCCUCUGGAUCAUUUUGUGCUUUUGUUCUGUUUUAGAUUAGGUAUAGAGCAUAGUUUGGAACACAGUAGGAUUCGGUAGCCUCAAAGCAACAUUCGUGGAACACCUGAAAACAUGUCUGACAUAGAAACAUGUAGAUUCACUUGACAAGAUGAUCCAGUGGUCAGUAGCCGGCCGUGCGCCCAGGGUAAAGGAGACUGCACAACAGUUACAGCAUUCCCUGUGGCAUAGAACCUGUUGUCUCAUAACCUCUACAGAGUUACUCCACUCUAAGUCAACCCAACCAACCCCUAAACUGUUGGUCUGCAGUGGGAAACAGGAACAGAGCUUUACAACUAGGUCUGACUACUGCCAACACUACAUGUACAUGGAUGGUUUUCCCUUGUACUAUCUUCAAUCCUACUGAAUAACUGAGGAGUCUCUUUCAUGUGUCUGAGAAACACUUGGAUCCUCUAGAACCUGUAAACUUCUUCCUGCUUCUCUGUAUAUGGCAGAAUUGUUCACUGUAAAUUAGAAAUGAUAUGCUUGGCUUGCUGUAAAUAAUGCAAACGUCACACCAGUGUUACUACAGUCUGGAACAGGUGCAGUCUUCUGUAGGAGGUUCAGGACUUCCUAUAUGCUUUCAGACAGGUGGAUCUGUGGAUGUGUCGUUCAACAGUUGGUGAAAUUUAACUGUUUCCAUCAGACAGCAGGGACGGAAUUGCCAGCCCAGUUUUUUUGCUGAUGCCAUUCUUGUGAACAAGCUUUAAACCAAGGGUAUUGUAGCCCAGGGCUCAAGAGUAACAUUUAGGAACCUUGUAGAAAGACCUACUAAAUGGUACUGUCUUUAUCAAGACCAAAAAAAAAGUUUUUUUUCUCCGAAAGAAACUUGUAGGUGCAGCCAGAGAGGUACUGGACCAAGUCAUGAAAGAUUUUUCAGCACUAUAGUUUGUUCAAUUGAGAUGGUUUCUAAAAGAAAGCUGUAGACUUUCUUGGUGGAAUGUGAUGGAAUUUUCCCCCAAUGUACAUGGUUCCCGCUGGGCUGACAUUUAAUAGUGCUUGCUGCCUGGAAAUUGCAAUUCACUGUACAAAGGAAAGAUCCCCCUGUAGAGUUUCCUGUAAGAUAAUGUUACUAGCCCUGUGUGUAAACGACUAGUCCUGUAUGUACACAAUCUGUGGUGGGUGUGUCUGGUGUAGGGGUGAGUCUAGUGUACAGGUGGAUAUACAUGUACAAUGUACGAAGCUGUGUGCCGAAGCCAGUGACAUUAUGGUGUUGUCAUUCUCUGCCUGUUGCAUGUAACUAAAGAGAAUCCUACCUAUUACUCAGAUCUCAGCCUGGAGUCCAAGUAGUUUGCAGAACAGCACAGGAUGCUUUUAUCUUCAGUUACAUGUAUGCAUGUUCACAGUUGACGUACUAGCAAAUCCAGAAAAGAAACAACUGACAAACCUCCCAUCAGCAUGUUUUGUAUGACACAUUAAAGGACAGAAGAAUGCCCACAACCAAGUGAUUUGAUGUGCAAUUUGCAAAGGUUGAAAUGUGGAUCUUGAAAGCUGGGUAUCAGGAAUGGACAGUCCUAAUUCGGUUGCGACCCAAGCUACCAACUUCAGGGAAGUUCCAAGAACUGAGACAAGCGGGAGGUACGGCAAAGAAUACCGUGAAUUGUGCAUGGAUGACCAAACACUGACAGUUUUUGUCAUCGAGUAUCUGUUGCCUUGAUGUCUCAGGCCCUGUCAGGGGUCCUGAAUAUUGAAGUGUAACAGUUCUGUGUUUUACUAUCAUUUCCUGUUCUAUGCACCAGCUGUUGUACAAAGCUGCAUCCUGUUCUUCAUGUAUGUACACUACUUUGCUGUUGUGUUAGUUCCCAAUGAUAUCCUGUCUAAUCUUGACGACCGUCUCUACACAGCAAUGUUCCCAAUUUACUCUGAUCAUCCUAUUCUACAUGGCAGUUCCAUGGACAAUUUGUUAUACAUGACACUGGCCAGUAAUGUUGCAUUCUCGUGGAGAUUUGCUGACCAUUCUGGUCUCUUAUGUACUACAUAAAAAGGCACUGUUUGUAAUCUACAUUGAUUAUAGGGCUCCUUGCUGUUUUACCUGCUAUAUAUAGUGUGAAGAUGAACCCUGCUGCUUCAGACGUGAUGCAUAUUGCAUUAUGUUAAUCAUUGCUGUGCCAGCUGUGCAAUUCUGUUCUCAUAUGGCAGUCACCUGGGAUCCAGGUCCUCAUGUUUGGUUGGAUCUGUUUUGUGCUGGAAACAACCAUGUCAAGUUCAUCAAAGUGUCGGCCUGUCCUGUCUCAUCCAUCCAACUUAACCUUCUCCCUGCUGCCCAAUCUGGUAACCAGUACAAAUGUUGGUGCCAAAGGGCUGCCUUAGCAGGCUGAAGGUUAAGGUGAACCUGGCGUAAACUAGGACGACUGGCUGGUGUGGCAUCUGUGGAGCUGAAAACAACAGAACGUUUCCCUCUACAUGUACCUACCAAGCUGUUCAUUUUUAACAUAUGCCUCUGAAAAACAUUGACAUGGUAGACCGGUACUCCACAUGUACUAUACAAAAUGUAUGUCUGAACAUGAUCUUGUCACAGUCUCUUGUCCCACAUUAUAUGUCAUUGUCCUUCAGCUACUGAUUCAUUAUUUUUAUGUACCUACAUUUUGUAUUUGUGGGCAUAUAAAACCAAACCUUGUCCACAUAAGGGUAACUGUGGUUACAGUGAUCUAAAAUUUAAUUCCAAGUACAGCAGCUGCUGAGCAGAUCCCUUAGUGCUUACUAUGCUGUAUGUUGUGAGCUCGUAUCCUUAUGAAUGUGUGUUCACAACUUAUUGUAUGAAUAUGGAGUAAUUUGUGUUUGAUAUCAUGUUGAUCUCUUCAUACUUUAAAUGCUUUUUGAUUUACGAGAUGGUUUUGAUGUAGGUUAUCUUAGAGAUAUGAUUAAAUGGAGAGAGUAUGUUUUGUGUGAUGAUGAUUUGAUUGAAUGUAAACUUAUAUAUAUAAGCUUUUUAUGUUUGUUUUUUGCAGAUAAACAGCAUUAUGUAUGGCUAUCCUGUGCCCAUCCCAUGCUGAUCAUCUCUGUUCACAUGAAAGAUGUUUUUUUUAGUAUCAGUUCAAAAAUUUCUGACCAAGACCUCAUUGGCCAAGCUAUUCGUGAUUGUAAAAUGUGUAAAAUUGUCAAUUUUUCAGUGAAACAGAAUUGUCUGCUGAAAGACAAAAAGGGUGUUCAGGAUGGAGGGGAGGCACAAGUCAUCAUCUAGUUGUGGCUUCUAGCAGCAGAUAUACUUAGAGCAGCUUGCGUAGGGAAGCUUCUGUAGGGUAAGAUACAGACUGGAUGUAUCAUGGAAUGGUGGCAUAUAGCAAGGUGUUUGACAAACCGAAAUCCCUCCUUAAAAUGGUGGCUAUUUUGCAAGGAAACUGUCCCCAGGAUUAUGAUGAUAAUAUCCUGGUAAUACAUUGUCCGACCAUAGGUAAAUUGUGAGGUGAUCUUUGUUGGAGCACCCAGCAUGUGUAUCCAAGACCUGAUCCUGUAGUACAUGUAGUCAGCUGUUAGGCAAGGAUAAUGGUCACAGGCUGUUGUGAUGUACCGGACCUGGGAGGUAGCAUCAGCUGCUGAUAGAAGAUAGGUCUACUCUUGUAUCUUAUGGCAUGUAGUCCCUAUUAAAUGGAAUAGCCUGUGCAGAA